AUGGUGGACGGUGCCGUCCGCCGGCUCCCCCUCCCAAACCCCGACCUAGGCCGGCGCCUGCGCCCAGGCCCCGAGGCCUGCCAGACCUGCGCCUACACAAGGGGCUUCCAGAACUUCGGCUGGAAUGACAACCGGUGCAAGGCAUCUUGGGGUUCGUUGUCUCGUGGGAGUCAGGGUUCUGGUGCUAGAGGAGUGGGAGGGCAUAACCGUAGAAGCAUGAUCCAAGUUAGAGGAGGGGGGCAAAACAGUGGAAAGGCACGGGGACCACAAGAAAUGGAAGACACCACUCAGGGCCUCGAGGUGCUUCAGGAGCCAGGGGCGCACAGAGAAGCAGUGUUCCAGGGCAUACGGGAUCUACUAAGCCCCAACCCUUACAAUCUCAAAAUGAUUCCCAGCGUCAUUCCCAACAACCUCCACUUGUUGCCUCCAGUGCUCCUGGAGACCCUGCCAUCCCUAUUCAGCCAGGGGGCCCGGGUCCAAUUUCAACAGACAGUGUUACUCCAGACUCCGAGUGUCUCAGGUUCAAACACUGGGUCAGAUGGUGUCCAGGGGACUGGCCAACAUGGUGGUGGAGGAGCCGGGCCACCAGGUGGUGGGCACAGUGUUGGUCAAACACAGACUCCGUCUAAUAAUGUUAAAAAGUGUGAUGGUGUAUCCAUGUCUAUGAAUGGAAAGUCAGUGUGUUAUAGGCAGCCUACGAUUCCUAAGCCAACUAGGCCAUCCACCCUUUACCUUCCGUCCGAUGUUGAGGAGAAGAUUAAAAAAGCGGAUGUAGCGUAUCGCAAAAAGGAGGAAGAGGACAGACGCCAGGCGGAAGAGGCUUGGGAACGCAGGCGUCAGCAGAUGUAUGAUCAAUAUGACAGUGAAAUGCGUCAAAUGCAGCAGGCGCAAUUGUUGUCCGUUGAGGGCUUUAAUGUUAGCGAUGCGAUGGAUGGGAACGCUUUGCCGGACGUCUCCGCCCUUGUAGCGCAGAAACAAAAGGAGGCGGAGGAGAGAUCUAUAAGGCGUAAUAUUCAAUUUCUGCAAACAAUUCAAGAUGAUAUUAACAAUAAUCCUAAUAGUAAUGAUGCCGAUUCGGUGUUCAUGUCAGGCACUCCAAUCUCAGAGCCUGCCGCCCUGGUAGGGAGACCCGUGAAACAGACUCCAAACCACGGCCAGGCGGAAACAGAUGCUCACAAACAGCUACAGCCGAAUUCAAGUAUAGUCGUGGGUGAUAAGGUUUUGCCAACCCGCAAGCGUGCCAAGCCCCUUCUGCCAGUCCCCCCUGUUGGUGUCCCGAUGGGCCACGCAAUAGAGCCGCCGAAAUUGCCGAGAGCUCCAAAAACUCUGUCGGCACCAAAAGAUAUGCUGGACGUCACAGGCCAGCCUAUCACCCACACAGCAUUAGAAGAUCCGUUGCCGCCCCCAGCUCUCAAGCCGCCUGAGCCUGUGGAGCAGUAUCCCCUAAGCCUUGAUAUAGCAGUUCCCCCACCUCACAAGGUGGACACUCAUCCGCCGCCAUCUCUGAUAGACGCAUGGACCAUCCCCAACCCCAAAAGAAACCGUCCCGUGUCACCUCCCCCAGCCUUCAAAUCGCCUAAGACGCCGCCGACCGCUGACGUCAAAAUUCCAAGCAUCGAAAUAUCACCAGACUCACGUAUUAUGACGGAGUCAAUGCUUGAUGUCAUGGGUUCUCCCACCACUGCUACUAACACAGCCCAUCCCUUGCCACCGCUCUCAGCCUUGAACCUGCCCUGGCAGCGUGAUGACACUGUUAGUAAAUUGCCUCUCGCAGUAACGCUUAAGGACCAUGAUAUUGCAGACUUGACACACGUCGCUAGCGAAGUAAUAAAAAUUCCAAUAGCUCAACUUACUGGAGAUAGUAAUUUGGCGGUAUCUGUUAAACAGGAACUCACAGGGCAGCCUGUUGCGGACACUAUGUUAUUAAAUCCCGCUCACCCUCCAAUCGAAUUAGAAAUCGAAAAGCGGCACAAAACUGAGAUUGCGUUCGACGCGCAAAUUGAAGCGCCACCCACAGCAACACAAGGCUUCACGAAACCACCGUCUCGGACUACCGUACCACCUAUGGAGUGGAUUGAGCCUGCCAUUUCCAUGAUGUCGUUGCCAGGUAAAGCUGCGGACGCAUUCACUGUCAGCGUGGAUGAACAUGAUAAUGUGAUAAAUCCAGGCGCUGCGGAAUUUCUGAAGAAGUUUGAUCUCAACACAACGCCGGAUGUCUAUCAAUGCCAAAACCCCUGGUACGUUUCCGAUUCCUUUACCACUACCGUCACUCCACCCCUCUCCCCGCCCCCAGACACGGACCAUCUGCCCCCGCCAGACACCGUCAGGGAAAUGCUCCACUGGAUGGUUGGAUUGAAUCAAUAUGGGUAUGUUGCGAUUAUUAAAAAGCAUAUUGAAGACCUUUUGAGGGAGCUUAACGAGGAUGCCUCACAGCUCUCAGAUGCCCUCGAGGUCACUGGGGAUCCCACUCAGCUGACCGCUUCCCAUGUCGCCGGUACCCUGACUGAGGCGUGUCUCUACUCGGCCAACGUUCUCCACAAGAUUAAACACAAGGACAAUUCGAAGGCUGUUUCAGUCCCUGAUUUCAGCUCAGAAUAUUCCAAGCUUUAUUAUGCCUCGGACCCCGCCUGCCUCCUCUGCCAGCUGCGGGACUACGUCUACGCCUGCUAUCACCAGCUGGCGUUCCUGAGGUCACAGUGUUCUCGAGGGGAAUCUGAUGGUGGCUGGCAGGAUUAUAAGUAUGGAAAUGGUGCCAAAAUUCCGUCCCCCCUCCAGGCCUUCCUGACUGACGGCCCCGACUCCAAGUUCCAGACUCAUCCCUUCGACUCGUGCAACAUCUGCCGCAAGAGCCGUGUCAACAUGGGAUUCAAGCACAGUGAUUUGCCUACACCUAACGAAACUGGCAGCCAUAUUCACACCAUCCUCACUCCCAGCUGCGGCGGCGACGAUCCCUUGCUGACAUUGACCUCUUACCUCAACUGUCUCACCAGGCAGACGCCGCGCACCACCGGGGAGCUUGUCUCAUUCUUCCACCAUUUCGGGAAUGAACUGCACAAUGCACCUUCAAAGGUGUCUCCACUGGGCUCCGCCCUCUCCAAGCCACAUGACCACUGCCCCGACUGGGACCACCUUGCUGCCGACGACCUCAAUGCCAUCCAGUACAUCCGGGGCCCCGCCCCUCCCACCUCCAACCACGACAAGGACCAUCCCAAGACCCUGUCCGCAAUAAUUGGCUGCGGCAUCGAUAAUGUCGACUGCCCACAACUCAUGAAGACCAUCACCUACCGGGCCUACGCCCUGUACUCUCCGACCUUCGCCCAUACCUACCUCAGCUGGACUGUCUAUCUGCCCGACAGACUGUGGGAGUCACUGACCAAGCUGCACUGUGAUCUCGAGGAACUUCAAUGUCACGCCGCCAAGCCCAAGCCCCUCCACCAGUGUGACAAGGCGCUGCCCCUCCUCUACAUUCACGGCCUCACCCCGCCGGACGGGACACUGCAGCCUUCACUCACGUGUUCACAGUUCAUCGCCAAGUUGGAGGCAGUGGUCGCCGGACAGCCUAUCGCAAGCCUCAUGACCGCCAUGGACCUUUUCCUUUACGGCAUCCGGGAGCCCUUCCUCUUCACCAUCGUCGCACUCUGGCUCACCGCCACGCUCUACAUCCUCCACUCACUCCUCUACCGCAUCGACGUCCUACGCAUCCGCUCGCACCUCCUCACCACCAGGGCCUCCCACCUCAUCGACGUCAAGGCGCUGCUCGCCGGCAGCCGCAGGAUGCUAUCACUCUACAAGGACGUCGAUUACUUCGACGACGACUUUCACUCAUCAUAG